GAUGCGCCUCUCGUUCGUCCUGCUGUUGCUGCUGCUGUUGCUGCUGGUGCAGUCGGGCGGCGGACAGAAGAAGAAAGAGGUACCGUUCGUGCGCUGCGUCGUCGCGUCCGUCCGCUCCGCUCGCGCUUUCCGGCGGCAGAACCGAACCGGCGGCGGCGGGAUCAUGAUGAUGAUGAUGAUGAUGAUGAUGAUGCGGCGGCUCCGCCUCUCGGUCCCUCUGCGCGAAUUACCGCUGCCGGCGCGCUUUACUGCUCGCGGAGCGGCCGGUUUCGCUGGGUUGGUUUGGUAAACCCCGGCAUCCCGUUUCCCAGUUCGAAGACCCUUCCAAAGCCUUCCCUCCUCCUCCUCCUCCUCCUCCUCCCCCCACUGAAGGCUCACGAGCCCCAGGCCCCCUGAGUGAGGCCUCGAACCCGUGCGCCCGCAUCCCUCGGGUCCUCGCCGUGACCCCGACAGCGUUUCCACGGUAACCGGGUGAGCGGAGGGCGCGUCCAUCCGCCGGACAGGUGCGGAACCGGCAGAGCUGGAGCUGUCGCUUUCCUUGCGGCGGCAGGAGCUGGGUUCGAAUCCCACCUCCCGUGGAGCGAGGUGCUUUCCCCAGACCGAACAUGCUGGCGGAGAAGGUGGAGCAGAUGAUGGAGUGGAGCUCCAGGCGCUCCGUCAUCCGCAUGAACGGAGACAAGUUCCGGCGCUUCGUCAAGGCACCUCCGCGCAACUACUCGGUGGUGGUGAUGUUCACGGCCCUGCAGCCUCAGAGGCAGUGCUCCGUGUGCAGGCAGGCCAACGAAGAGUACCAGGUUCUGGCCAACUCGUGGCGCUACUCCUCCGCCUUCUCCAACAAGCUCUUCUUCACCGUGGUGGACUACGACGAAGGCGCCGACGUCUUCCAGCAGCUCAACAUGAACUCCGCCCCCACCUUCAUGCACUUCCCGCCGAAGGGGAAGCCCAGGAGGGCGGACACCUUUGACCUCCAGCGGAUCGGCUUCGCUUCGGAGCAGCUGGCAAAGUGGAUCGCGGACAGAACGGACGUACAGAUCCGCGUGUUCCGGCCGCCCAACUACUCGGGCACCAUCGCCCUGGCGCUGCUGGUGUCGCUGGUCGGAGGCCUGCUCUACCUGCGGAGGAACAACCUCGAGUUCAUCUACAACAAGACGGGAUGGGCCAUGGCCGCCCUGUGCGUGGUGUUUGCCAUGACCUCGGGUCAGAUGUGGAACCACAUCCGCGGACCCCCUUACGCCCACAAGAACCCGCAGAACGGACAGGUGAGCUACAUCCACGGGAGCAGCCAGGCGCAGUUUGUUGCCGAAUCACACAUCAUUCUCCUGCUCAAUGCCGCUAUCACCAUGGGAAUGGUUCUCCUGAACGAGGCAGCCACCUCCAAGGGCGAUGUGGGCAAAAGGAGGAUUAUCUGUCUGGUGGGCCUCGGUCUCGUCGUCUUCUUCUUCAGCUUUCUGCUCUCCAUCUUCAGGUCCAAGUACCACGGUUACCCGUACAGCUUCCUCAUUAAAUAGCUGGGAGACGCCGUCCGGCUCGGUUGGAGAAUGGCCGAAGCCCACGCCGCCUGGUCCGGUUUGCGCGUAUCCAUCGCAUGGUGUAACAUUUCCUGUCGCACUUAAUAAACUUCUCAUCGUCUCC